AUGGCCCAGAUCGUGAGUUUCGCCUUGCCCCCGUUGCAUAAUGCAAGACUAAAAAAAUCCAAAGUGCCGUCGUCGAAUUUACACAAUGUCCAACCGUCUGUCGAUGACUCUAUUGAGACUAGUCCUGCUGAAGGGCUGACGCCAGAAAGAGGUAACAGCCUCCGACAGGACGGAACAUGGGGUGAACGAGACGUGGGUGGCCCACUCAGUCGGGAGGGUGCCAUGGCAGACUUUGAUGAGAUGAGGCGAGAAUUGACCAAACUGAGCCUGCAAAGAACCCGGACCCGCGACUCGGAUAAACGGCCUAGCCUGGCAUCGAGGGCUCGCACACGCACCUCAGUUGCAAGGAGGAGGACUCGCUCCGAGAGAGCAGAGAGCGUGGCGACUGUGUCGACUCUGGACGAAGACGACCAUGGCGAGUUCAGCAGUGAAGACGAUCUCGAUCUCGGCGAUUUUCUCAGGGAAGGCCGUUUUGAGAAGCGUACAGAAGCCGGCGACUCGACGAAGAAAGUCGGUGUCACAUAUAAAAACCUGACCGUGAAGGGAGUGGGUGCGCAAGCAACAUUCACCAGGACCUUGCCUGAGGCCAUCAUGGGGACCUUUGGUCCUGACUUGUACCAUCUAGCGUGCAGAUUUAUACCGUCGCUCAAGUUUGGGAAGGCACCACCUACAAGAGAUCUCAUCCAUGACUUCACCGGCGCGGUGCGCGACGGAGAGAUGAUGUUGGUUCUGGGCCGUCCUGGCGCGGGGUGCUCGACGUUCCUCAAAGUGCUCGCCAACCAGCGCGAUACCUUUGCAGCGGUCGAGGGCGAGGUCGAGUACGGGGGAAUAUCCGCUGAAGAGCAGCGAAAACGAUACAGGGGCGAGGUCAAUUAUAAUCCCGAGGAUGAUCAGCACCUCCCGACCUUGACUGUCUGGCAGACUUUGAGGUUCGCGUUGAUGAAUAAGACGCGGAAGCACGACGCCAACUCUAUUCCCGUGCUCAUCGACGCCCUGUUGAAGAUUUUCGGUAUUUCUCACACGAAGGGUACUCUCGUCGGUAAUGAAUACGUCAGAGGUGUUUCCGGGGGUGAGAGGAAACGUGUUGGCAUUGCUGAGACUUUGGCGACAAAAUCAACGGUGGUCUGCUGGGACAAUUCGACUCGAGGCCUUGACGCGUCGACCGCACUUGACUAUGCGAAAUCUCUGCGCGUCAUGACCGAUAUCUCCAACAGGACCACAAUCGUGACGCUCUAUCAAGCUGGCGAGGGCAUCUACGAGUUGAUGGACAAGGUUUUGGUGAUCGAGGAAGGCCGCAUGAUUUACCAAGGCCCAGCCCAGCUUGCUCGGCAAUAUUUCAUCGAUCUCGGAUUCAAGGCUCCUGAUAGACAGACCACAGCGGACUUUCUGACCUCCGUUGGGGAUCCCAACGAAAGACAAUUUCAACCAGGAAAGGAAGCCUCCACGCCCAAAACCGCUGCCGAACUCGAAGCCGUUUUCCGAAAAUCGGACAUAUACAAGAAUUCACUGGUUGAUGUCGAAAACUAUGAGGUGGACCUGGAGACUAGUGAUUGUCAGAAGACGCGAAGAUUCCAGAAGGCCGUGGAAGAGCAGAAGAGUAACAGUAAGCUCAUCUCCACUCGGUCUAGCUACACCGUGUCUUUCUGGCGCCAGGUCCUGGCGUGUACCCUACGAGAAUUCUGGUUAUUCUGGGGCGACAAGACCAGUCUAUACACGAAAGCAUUCAUCAUCGUUGCCAACGGUCUCAUCGUUGGUUCGCUGUUCUAUGGUGAAAGUCUUGCCACCGAUGGUGCUUUCCCUCGUGGUGGUGCUCUUUUCUUCUCGAUCCUUUUCCUCGGCUGGCUCCAGAUGACGGAACUGAUGAGAGCCGUUGGUGGUCGAGUGGUGGUAGCCAGGCAUCGCGACUAUGCCUUUUACCGCCCCAGUGCGGUCGUCAUUGCUCGAGUCCUGCUUGACAUCCCAGUACUGGCGGUCCAGGCGAUCGUCUUCACCGUCAUCCUAUAUUUCAUGGCACAGCUGGAUGCACAGGCCGGGAAGUUCUUCAUCAACCUCCUCUUCGUUUUCGUCAGUACUCUAUCCAUCACUGCUCUCUAUCGGAUGUUUGCGUCACUGAGUCCGACGAUCGACGAUGCGGUGCGCUUCAGUGGAAUUGCUCUCAACCUUUUGGUCGUGUUUGUCGGUUAUACUAUUCCCAAACGAACUCUUACUAGUGAUGUGAUAUGGUUCGGCUGGCUUUACUACGUCAAUCCCGUCUCCUUUGCAUAUGAAGCUGUUUUAACGAACGAGUUUUCUGGCCGUACCAUGGAAUGUUCACCCUCAAAUUUGAUUCCCCAAGGACCAGGCGUCGACCCCGCUUACCAAGGAUGUUCGCUGCCUGGCUCAACUUUAGGAAGCAAUACGGUAGGUGGCGACGCAUAUUUCGAGACAUCUUUUGGCUACUCCCGUUCGCAUCUCUGGCGCAAUCUCGGUGUCCUCAUCGCUUUUACUGCACUGUAUAUCCUCGUCACUGCCUUUGCUUCUGAGGUCUUCUCAUUUGCUGCUGGCGGAGGUGGUGCAUUGGUCUUCAAAAGGACGCGCAAGGCCAAGAAGAUGGUGACUGAGGAGCAGAAGCCUGCAGACGAGGAGAAGGCAACAACUCCGGCAGAACCCUUGUCCGUUGGAUCGUCGGAUACCAUACAAAGUGGGAAGGACAUGGUGGUUACCGAUAUCGCCAAUGGCAAAAGUGUCUUUACCUGGGAGAACGUCCAAUAUGAAGUCCCCUACCAAGGCGGUAAGAGGAAAUUACUUAAUGGAGUGAACGGAUACGUCAAACCAGGAGUCAUGAUCGCCCUUAUGGGUGCCAGUGGUGCGGGCAAGACAACCUUACUCAAUACACUUUCGCAACGGCAAACCCUUGGUACCGUCUCCGGAGAUAUGCUGGUGGACGGGAAGCCGCUCGGUGUGGAGUUUCAGCGUGGCACUGGGUUCUGUGAACAAAUGGAUCUCCACGACGAAACCGCCACCAUUCGCGAAGCGUUGGAGUUCUCUGCCAUCCUCAGACAAGACCGGGACGUCCCAAAGCAGGAGAAAUUGGACUAUGUCAACAAAAUCAUUGAGCUCCUAGAGUUACAGGACAUCCAGGAUGCUAUCGUCGGUUCAUUGGGUGUCGAGCAGAGAAAGAGACUGACCAUUGGUGUGGAAUUGGCAGCGAAACCCGAGCUGCUACUUUUUCUCGAUGAACCAACCAGCGGCCUUGAUUCUCAGUCAGCAUUCUCGAUUGUGCGGUUCUUGAAGAAACUCUCCAAGUCGGGGCAAGCCAUCAUCUGUACAAUUCAUCAGCCUUCUUCUAUGCUCAUCCAACAGUUCGAUAUGGUGCUUGCUCUCAACCCUGGCGGCAAUCCGUUUUACUUCGGUCCUGUUGGCGACAAUGGCUCGGCCAUCAUUGACUACUUCGCCAAACGAGGAACGCAAUGCCCACCUAACAAAAACGUCGCCGAAUUCAUUCUCGAGACCGCUGCCAAGGGUGGAUCCAAGAUCAACGGGAAGCGAGUCAACUGGAAUAAGGAAUGGCUGGAAUCGGAACAAAACACCGAGAUGCUCAAGGAGAUUCAACGUCUUAAAGAGUCGCGAUCCAAGGAGCCAUCCAAGGCGGCGAGUGCGCAACACGCCUUCGCGGCACCCAUCGCCAUUCAAACAAUGGAAGUCACAAAACGCACAUUUCGUCAAUACUGGCGGGACCCAUCCUAUCUCUACGCCAAGCUGUUCGUGAGCGUGAUCGUCGGCAUCUUCAACGGGUUCACGUUCUACAACCUCGACAAUAGCGUCGCAUCGCUGCAGUCCCGCCUUUUCACGCCUUUCCUCAUCCUUCUCAUCCCACCCACCAUCGUCAAUGGCGUAGUCCCAAAGUUCUACCAGAACCGCGCACUGUGGGAGGCCCGAGAAUACCCGAGCCGCAUCUACGGCUGGUUUGCCUUCUGCACUGCACAGGUCGUCGCCGAAAUCCCUAUGGCAAUUAUCUCCUCCGUCGUCUACUUCCUACUAUGGUACUACCCCACCAACAUGCCGCGCGACAGCAGCACGGCAGGAUACAUGUUCCUGAUGACGAUGCUGUUCUACUUCUUCAUGUCGAGCUGGGGCCAGUGGAUUUGCGCAUUCGCGCCCAGCUUCAACGUGAUCAGCAACGUGCUCCCAUUUUUCUUCGUCACCGUGUCCAUCUUCAACGGCAUCGUCAGACCCUACGCCCAGCUGCCGGUCUUCUGGCGCUACUGGAUGUACUGGAUCAACCCCAGCACGUGGUGGAUCAACGGUGUCCUAGCCGCGACGGUUCGCGGGCUCCCAAUUCAAUGUGCUGAAGGUGAAGCUACGCUCUUCAACGCUCCCCCAGGCGAGACCUGCAACUCGUACGCGGGCGAUUUUGUCAGGACCACCAUGGGCUACAUCGAGACCACCGCGAACGGCACGUGUGCCUACUGCCCCUACGCCACCGGCGACGAAUACCUCUCGACACUGAACGUCCGUGGUAGCGAGAAGUGGCGUGACUUCGGAAUCUUUCUCAUCUUCGUCUGCUCCAAUUGGCUGCUGGUGUACUUCUUCAUCUACACUGUUCGGGUCAGGAAGUGGAGCUUUGGAAUGGGGCAGUUGUUUACUGCCGCAGGGAAGCUUGGGCGGAUUUUCAAGCGGAAUUAA